GUUCCUUUCUUUCCUCUCCCUCCUCCUCUCCCUAGUGGCCUAGUCCUUGACCUACCAAUCUCGUCCUACAGCCUACAGUCGUGCGUCUUCCACCGCGCGCCCUACAGCCCCCGCCGCGCCGCAGCUUAGCGUCAACGCCGUCGCCUGAAUCCCCCAUCCCCACCCGGUUUCCUCCGACGCCUGUCACGCGCGUCCGCGCCAUCGUCUUUCCUGUUCUUCGCCAUCGCGUCCCUGCGGUCUUCCGCCCCGGCCGCAACCUCUUGCCAUCAGGUUUUGAGGUAAUGCACCAAUGAAGACGGAGAUUGAGGAGGAAGGCACGGGAGGGUCCUGGACUCAGGAGGACAAAUCCCUUUGUGCUUCUGUGCUUGGCUCAGAUGCCCUUGCAUAUCUGACAAAAGGUGGUGGUGCCAUAUCUGAGGGUCUUGUAGCAGCGUCUGUUUUGGUGGGCUUGCAAAAUAAACUCCAGGAUCUGGUUGAAGCUGAUAGCCAAAGCCUUUGUUGGAACUAUGCCAUCUUCUGGCAGCUCUCCCGGACCAAGUCUGGUGACCUUGUCCUUGGCUGGGGUGACGGAUCUUGUCGGGAACCCCAUGAUAACGAGAUGAACUCAACUGCUCACAGUGGUAUUCAUGAUGCGUCUUCAGUGACCCGGCAGAGGAUGCGUAAGCGGGUAUUGGAGCGACUGCAUACAGCAUUUGGUGGGGCUGAUGAGGAGGACUAUGCUCCGGGAAUCGACCAGGUGACUGACACUGAGCUGUUCUUCCUAGCAUCUAUGUACUUUGCAUUUCCACGUCAUGUCGGUGGACCUGGCAAAGUGUUUGCAACAGGUGCACCCCUUUGGAUUCCAAACAAUCCGCACAAGGUUUCCCCGUCAAAUUAUUGCUAUAGGGGAUUCCUUGCAAGUGCAGCAGGAUUUAGGACUAUUGUUCUACUGCCAUUUGAAACUGGUGUACUUGAGUUAGGCUCAAUGCAGAAUGUUGCUGAGAGUGCUGAAGCUCUGGAAACCAUAAGGUCUGUGUUUCUAGGGGCAAGCAGUAAGAAGGCAGCAACUGAGAAUCAUCAGGGGAAUGGCUCUGCUCAAGUAUCACCUGGUUUGGCCAAGAUUUUUGGGAAGGAUUUGAAUCUCAGUCGACCUUUAUCCAACACGGCAGCAGGUCCAUCAAAGCUGGAUGAAAGGUCAUGGGAUAUGCAGAAGCAUUGUGGUGGUGAGAGCCUGUUGCUCCCCAAUGUCCGUAAAGGUUUGCAGAACUUCACAUGGAGUCAAGCUCGAGGCCUGAAUUCUCAUAACCAGAAAUUUGGCAAUGGUAUACUAGUUGUCAAAAAUGAGGCUGCACAUCGCAGUAACGGAGCUCCACAUAGCCCUGCAUUGAGCCCGUUUCAGGUUCAGAAGCCACUGCAGAUACUGACGCAGCCACCAUCUCAGCCACAGACGCCAACACAUAUAGAUUUUAGUGUAGGCUCUAGUUCAAAAUCUGGUAUCUUGACUUCACAGUCAGCUUUGUAUGAUGGGGAGAAUGGCAGUGUGGAUGGCUUUAAGGAGCAAGGGGGGCAUGCAACGGAUGACCGGCAACCAAGAAAGAGGGGAAGAAAACCAGCAAACGGGAGGGUGGAGGCACUUAACCAUGUUGAGGCUGAGCGCCAAAGGAGGGAAAAGCUCAAUCAGAGGUUUUAUGCACUGAGAGCUGUUGUUCCCAACAUCUCGAAAAUGGACAAAGCAUCUCUCCUGGGAGAUGCCAUAACGCACAUCACUGAUCUCCAGAAGAAGCUCAAAGAGAUGGAGACAGAGAGAGAGAUGUUCUACGAGUCUGGUACAGUAGACCAAAGGGUCCGAACACCUAGGCCAGAAAUCGAUAUCCAGGUGGUCCGAGACGAGGUUCUAGUUCGUGUAAUGUCUCCUAUGGACAACUAUCCGAUAAAGAAUGUGUUCCAAGCUUUUGAAGAGGCAGAAGUCAAAGUGGGUGAAUCAAAGAUCGCAUCCAACAACGGCACUGUUGUGCAUUCCUUCGUUAUCAAGUCCCCUGGCUCUGAACAGCAAACAAGAGAGAAACUGAUUGCUGCUAUGUCUCGUGCAAUGCGUCCCACGUAGAAUUGGCUGAUUACUUGAUGCACUAGAGGGCGUACUGCUUUUCUGGCUCUGAACAGGUAGCUACGGACUCUGGUAGCGCUCUACAUUGUCCAUGAAAUUGCUACAUGGCCACAGAAAUCUCAGAUUCUGACUUAGUAAAGAUAUCUGUA